AUGGAGCUUAUCGAGAUGUCUUCUAUUUGCCAGGCUGUUACAAGCAGUGGCCUCAGUCCUACGACUGGGAUGAUUUGUCUAGAAAUGAUGGUCUGCAUCGCGCUCAUCUAUUCGAGCAUUGUAUUGCUCUUUCAGCAUUCUGGGGCACCACAGAGGAGAUCUAGCAGCCCAUGGAUCAUGGCCUUUAUCGCUGGCGACGUGGUUUUCAACGGAGUAAUGAUCGCGGUCGUGACUGUGCUAGCUCAUGCAGGACUUCCAACUAACUGCUAUGGAUUAACUCGGAGUGAAACGGAAACGGAUGAUGCUAAUAAGAACCCGCCUAAGGGCUUUGGUGAUGGUGAUAUAAAAGGGGACCUUGACAAAUAUUGCGGUCUAGAGCGGAGUUUUUAUUUUAUCAUCGCGGCGUUAAUGUUCACUUACACGUUAACGAUAACUCUUGGGGUCCUGCGAAUAUUUGAGAAGCGCUGGAGCCAUGGCCAAGAUGAUUCCCUAUUCACUUCGGCGAAUGAUGUCUAUCAGCUCGGCCACAUCAGAUCUAAAAUACUUAGCCCCAACAUUAGCAGGGACUUGGAAAACGCGGAGCCGUCUAGAGAAGGGGUACUUACGCCACCUUCAAGGUCCGGUACAUCGUUACAGACCCGAGUAUUGAGGCCUUCCGAAGACGGUCAUAGAACCCAGACGUUCCGUGAACAGGCGCAGUCACAGCCGCUCCCAGUCUCGCCUGUUUCCGCGACAACAUCACCUAUCUGCCAAGUAUCACCUAUAUCACCCACCACGCAUCUCCGCAGAUCAUUUAUGACUACCACUCCCGGCAUGCUGGACACGUCUAUGGGAGGAUUAAUGAUAGAUCACUCCGCGGAGGCGAUGGUGACUGAUGGAUAUCGAUCCCGACUUCAACCUGGCAUGCAACCACAACCACGGUACUCGCCCGGUCAGUCCAGGGGACAGUUCAUGGACGGACACGGCGACGAAUCUAACGAAAUGCGACUAAGCGAGUACGUCAAAGGCGAAUCGCGAGCGCAACAUAUGAAAGACUCGGGAAUGGGUAUGUAG